AUGUGGCUGACGGGGCCACAGUUCCUUAAACAGUCUGACGACACAACUGCCGCAAAUACACCAGAGUACAAGCUCGUGGAGCCAAAGGUCGAUCCCGAGAUACGUGCCGAAGUAGCUACCUACACGAGGUGCCUGCAGGCAGAGUCUGACAUCGGAACCCAACGUUUUCAGCGCUUUUCUAGAUGGAUCGCGCUGGUACGGGCUAUCGCCAACUUGAAGCAUAUCGCACGCUCCUUCCGCACCCAGCAUGAUCUCCAACCGGAAACGUGUCGUCAUUGGCAUAUUUGUUCCGGGCCACGAACAGUGGCGAGCGUGAACGAUGCCAGAAAUGUCAUUCUAUUGAGUGUUCAACGCGAAGCCUACACCGAGGAGAUGAAGUGCCUCCAGAAGAAGCAAAACGUCCGCCAGGGGAGCCCUCUUUACAAGCUGGACCCGUUUCUCGACGAGUACCGACUCGUCAGAGUUGGAGGCCGCCUGAGAAACGCCGACUUAGACAGAAAUGAGGUACACCCUGUCGUCCUGCCCGGUCGUCUUCACGUCACUGCUCUGCUCAUUCGUCAUCACCAUGAAAAGGUGCCGCACCAGGGAAGACACUUCACUGAAGGCGCCAUCCGAACGAUCCGUCUCUGGAUUGUAGGUGCAAAGAGAUCGAUAGGAGCAGUCAUCCACAAAUGCGUCCAGUGUCGAAAACUACGCGGAAGACUGGAAGAGCAGAAGAUGGCUGAUCUACCAAAAGAGCGGGUGAGCACUGAACCACCUUUCACCUAUGUUGGACUUGACGUGUUUGGACCGUGGACAGUGGCGUCCUGUCGCACCAGAGGCGGCCUUGCCCAGAGCAAGAGGUGGGCCGUCUUGUUCACGUGCAUGAGCAUCCGCGCGGUGCACAUCGAGGUGAUCGAAACUAUGGACACCUCAAGCUUCAUCAACGCGCUUCGAAGAUUCUUCGCUGUAAGAGGACCGGCCAAGCACCUGCGCUCCGAUAGGGGGACGAACUUUAUUGGUGCAUGUCAUCAGCUCCAUGUCCCUACACCAGACACCGACCCAAGUGCCAUCCGGAACUACUUGAGCGAACAACGCUGCCCUUGGGUGUUCAACCCUCCCCACGCAUCACAUAUGGGUGGAGCAUGGGAACGUAUGAUCGGGUCGGCUGGCCGCAUACUGGACUCCAUGCUCCUGGACCAUGGAUCUACCAAGAUAACACAUGAAGUGCUCACCCCAUUUCUUGCAGAGGUGACGGCAAUUAUUAACGCACGACCCUUGGUUCCAAUCUCGAACGACCCGCAAUGUUGCAUGCUCACACCAUCUAUGCUACUCACGCAGAAGAACUGCACCAUGACUGAGCCACCAGGCGACUUCUCGAACAUACGAGACAUCGCAAUGGCCCGAUGUCUGGGUUCCUCGGGGCCUCUUUGGGUGCAACGGGCGGGUGACCUUUUGCCUAUAAACACGGGACCUGAAAGACGAAACCUGCGGGGGAAACUUGUUCUCGGUCUCUGA